UCCAGUUCGAUUCUCUUGCGCCGUUCUCUUUUGCGCUUCAUUCGUGCUCUGGUCGUCGGACGUGUCCGUACGUUUUUGGAUUAAGUUCUCUCUCUCUCUGUGGCCUAUGAGUGUUUGUUCAAAAUAGCAGCCGAAAACCGAGGUGCGAGAGCGAGAGUACAUACAAAAAAACGCGUGCGUUCCUCCUCUAACUUACAGUGACUGUGACCGUUGUAUUUGUUACCUGUGCCUGUGUUUGUGCUCACUGGAGGAUCGACGAUUUACGAAGAAUACGAAAAAUAACGGCACAUCAAUACAAAAGUAUUAUACUCACGCAUCAAAUUCAAUUUUAAGCAUUUUUACUGAAAUAAAAGGGAAAUAAAUCAUGACUGAUGUUGAGCAACCGCCACAGAAUGGCAUAGAUCCCACUGCCCGCGAGGAGGAUGACAACAAAGCACGUCCUGCGGAUAUUGAACAGGAUAUGCGCGAAAUGGAGCGUCGCAAGCGGGUCGAGGCCAUAAUGGGCUCGAAGCUGUUCCGCGAGGAGCUGGAGCGGAUCGUAGACUCGGCCCGCGAGGGUGGAACUGGCGCCAGUGGCAUCCUGCAGCAGCUGUCGGACAUUGUGGGCGUGCCGGUGUCGCGGGUGGGCAGUGUCUUCAAGAGCAGCAACUGCAUGGUGCCCAUCAACGAUAUACGCGGCGUUGAGUCGAUGGGAUAUGCCAAGGGCGAGAAGAUACUCCGGUGCAAGCUGGCCGCCACAUUCCGUCUGCUCGAUCUGUACGGCUGGACCCAGGGUCUGGGAGCACAGAUCACUGCCCGACUCAAGGUCGACCAGGAGUACUUCCUGGUCAAUCCGUACGGCCUGCUCUACCACGAGAUCACUGCCUCGGCGCUGAACAAGGUGGACAUGCAGGGCCAGAUCGUGGAGCAGGGUACCACAAACUUUGGCGGAAACAAGAGUCACUUUGUCCUUCACUCGGUGGUACAUGCUGCCCGUCCAGAUAUCCGCUGCGCCAUCUACAUCGGCUGCAGUCCGGUUGUGGCCAUUUCCUCGCUGAAAUCCGGUCUGCUGCCGCUAACGAAGGAUGCCUGUGUGCUGGGCGAGAUCACCACACACGCCUACACCGGCCUGUUCGACGAGGAGGAGCGCAACCGAUUGGUCCGAAGCCUCGGUCCCAACUCCAAGGUGAUUCUGCUGGCCAACCAUGGUGCCCUGUGCUGUGGCGAGACCAUCGAGGAGGCCUUCUUCGCCGCCUGUCACAUUGUGCAGGCGUGCGAGACCCAACUCAAGCUGCUGCCCGUCGGUUUGGAUAACUUGGUGCUGAUUCCGGAGGAGUCGCGAAAGGCCAUCUACGAUCAGUCGCGCCGACCGCCCGAGGAUCUGGAGAAGAAGUUUGCCGCUGUGACGGCAGACGAGGGUGGUGCUGCCGCUGCUGAGAAGGAAGCCGAAGCUGCCGUGCCCAAGGUGGGCAGUCCGCCCAAGUGGCGGGUGGGUGGUGCCGAGUUUGAGGCCUUAAUGCGCAUGCUGGACAAUGCUGGCUAUCGCACUGGCUACAUCUACCGCCAUCCGCUGAUCAAAUCGGAUCCUCCCAAGCCCAAGAACGAUGUGGAACUACCGCCAGCUGUUUCAUCUUUGGGCUAUCUUCUUGAGGAGGAGGAGCUCUUCCGUCAAGGGAUCUGGAAGAAGGGAGAUCUACGUAAGGGCGGCGACCGCAGUCGGUGGCUCAACUCGCCCAACGUUUACCAAAAGGUCGAGGUUCUGGAGACCGGCACUCCGGAUCCCAAGAAGAUAACAAAGUGGGUGGCUGAGGGUUCUCCCACCCACUCAACGCCAGUGAGGAUAGAAGAUCCACUCCAGUUUGUGCCUGCAGGAACUAAUCCGAGAGAGUUCAAGCGAGUCCAGCAACUAAUCAAGGACAAUCGUCGGGCGGAUAAGAUUUCGGCCGGACCCCAGUCGCAUAUUCUGGAGGGCGUCACAUGGGACGAGGCGAGCCGACUCAAGGAUGCAACGGUCUCGCAGGCCGGCGACCAUGUCGUCAUGAUGGGUGCCGCUUCCAAGGGAAUCAUUCAGCGUGGAUUCCAGCACAAUGCCACGGUGUACAAGGCCCCGUAUGCCAAAAAUCCAUUCGACAAUGUGACGGACGAUGAACUCAACGAGUACAAGCGCACGGUGGAGCGCAAAAAGAAAUCGGUGCAUGGCGAAUACACUGACACAGAUUUUUCGGAAUCAGAGGCGGUCCUGCAGGCGGGGACAAAGAAAUACCCUCAAAGCGAACCAGAGACCGAGCACCAGGUCAUUGAGAUCCAAACACAACAGGCGCCAGUGCCAAGGCAGGCAGAAGUCGUGCUGAGCGAUGGAGAUCAUAACAAUAACGAAUCUCAAAUAGAUGAAGAGGACAAGGAGAACCAGCGGCAAGGGCGGGAUAGAAACUUGUCCGUAAACAGCAGAUGCCGCCGCGACUUGUUUCCAUCUCUGGUCGAGGAUCCUGUUCUGCCGUCGGAGCAGUUAUAUUCCUAUGUUUAUGCGACUGCUGCUGCCUUGGGACAGUGUGUCCAACCGCAGGUGUGCUCCGCUUUGCUGCGUGCUCUCCAUUGCGAACAGCUGGGCUAUUUGGCCAAUUGCUAUCGUGGCGCAGCAGGACACUCGAAUGCCACCACCUCGAGUACAUGCACUAUAACUAGCGCCACGGGUUCUUCCAACGCCUCCCGUCGCCCCCUGCGGCAGACUAAUGUGCUCCAACAUACACCCUAUCGUACCGGUUCCCAUUUCGGAUUCAAUUCACCACGCCAGCCACCACGCACUGAGCACAAGCAUAUUCCCCGGGAACGGGAGCAGCCGGCCUUGGGCUAUCGUCCAAUGCAGCGAGGCAUCAGCUACGAGGAGAUCUUUGCCACACCACGCUACGAUCAGUUGUGUCAGGCUUGCUUCGACAAGCUGCUGCGUCUCAAGCCGGAGCUCCAGAAGGCCGCCAGUAGUUGCGCCGAGGAGCAGCUGACCAGUAAUGGAAGCACUCCCAUGCAGCAACGUCAAUUGACAACACUUCCUGAGUUAUCCGAUAAUUUCGCAAAUAUGUUAAUGCUGCCAGAACGUCCGAGGAUGCAACGGAAUGCCUGCACCCAGACACAAGGGUGCUCCGUCUCCUCGUCCACCACCAAUUUUCUCAGUCAAAUCGAAAAGUUCAACUUCUCGGAAGAAUCAACGAAUGUGAAUUAUUCACCAAGUCUAAUGAACAGCGAUAUUAGUGUUACGGGUUUGAUUGUAGAGCCGGCAACUUCAAGUGCUGGAGCAAGUGCCACGAGUGUUGCUCCCCCAAGGAUUUACCAUGCGGAACAAGCAGAUAUUACCGAAGUUUGGAGCUUUGGUCGUUGGUUGGAGCCGCAGGACAAGAUGAUGGUGAGCAAUGCAUAUGAGUUUGUCCAACAGCCGCUUACCGAGCAUCGCAUUACUUUGGAGGUAAAGCAGCAUUAUCCAACUGGUCAGAUCGACCGCCAAUUAAUGACUCGCGAAGAGCGUCAGCGUCGCAAGUCUGAGUUUCAGGAGCUGUGGCAAGAUCACGUUGAAUACUUUGGGGCCAAGGAACAGAUGCAGCAGGAGCAGCAAACACUUGAAAUUUUGACACUAGAUGAGCAAGAAGAGCAGUCUAUAAGAGCCCAUGAUUGGAUGGACCAGGAUCUGGAGUUGGUGCAAGGCGAUCCAAAAGAUCCUGAGUUAGAUGUCGAGGCCUAUAAUGAACACUCUAAAGAUAGCCAAGAUGAAACCCUGACAGAGUCGAGCUAUGAGCUCCCAAAAGUUUUGCAGAAGUUCGAGGAAAGUCUCACGCUAGCCGGUGAAAACCUAGAGAAGCUAGUUGUCACCGCCAAGAAACUACAGGCACUGGACACCACCGAUACUUCAGCCGUGACUACCAGCAGUUCCCCUGUUGAAAGAGAUCCAGUCGAAGGUAGUUAUCUGUUUCGCUCGAUUAGUUUGGAGAACAUUCCCAACGCCGAUGAUACUGUGUGCAUACAGGAACCAGAAGUUGUUGGGUCCAUCGACUCCAGUAACAGCAAUCACAGCGAAGUGGAGAUUGUCCAUGGUUUGGAGCAGGAGGAGAAACGCGACGACGAGAAGCCCGUGACUCCCAGUUCAACGGAACCAGAGGAGUCCACUGACAAAGAAAAGGAGCCUGAUGACGAGAAAGACAUAGAUGAAAAUGAUCUUAAGGUGGAGGCAGAGAUCCAAGAGAUUACGGGCGAAACCCCAGAAGUCCCCAACGUUGAGCCCGAUCCCGAUAAUCAGUUUUUCACUCCACUAGAGCGUGAGGUACUGCAGCGCAUCGAGGACGACCGACUUGACGAGCGGGAGCCCAUUUUUGGGAAAAUUGAUCAAAGUAUUCGUAACAAGAUGACGCCCAAGAAGCUGCAAGACUUGGUCAGCGAGGAGAUCUUCUCCACUCGCACGCUCAUCUAUCCAUCUAAUCCAAGCACACCGCUGCCGAAAGUGGCUCUAGCCGAGACCACUUUGACACCGAGUGGCUCUUCUCUGUCUGCCCAUAAUAUCAGUGCUCCCUGCAGUUCGAUGGCCCACACACACCUUACUACCCGACCCACGCCUCGCAUGUCGCGUUCAUGGUCGGCGGAUGGGCAAAGGGACGAGGAGAACAACGAUGAGGAGGAGCAGGUUAUAACUGAAGAGGAGACUACUCCUCUGGACCGGAUCAUAUCCUCGACAACCUUUGUGUGCCGAAGCAGUCCGCGCAGAAAGCGCAAUUUUAUUCAGGAGAACAUUCGCAAUGCUAGCAGACCAAGAAGUAACGUCGGUGCGGUUACAAAGCACAGGAGCACACCACUAACAAGUCCUAGAACCAAUUCGAGUCCCUCGUCGGUGUGUGCAUUUCAGUGUGGCCAGCGGGAUAGUGGCGCCCGUCUGUGGGUGUCCAUGCCAACGCCUCCUCGGCGAGCCUCUGGUCAAAAGCGAGGCAACACGACGACUCCUGCACACGCUUUGUACUCCGUUCGGGGUGGCCUGUCCUCGCCGUUCGCCAAACGUCGCAAACCCAUGGUUAUUCUUCCGCCUCUACGUGGAGGCAACCGUUUGCAGAGUCCCAAUCUCAACUCGUCUUUUCUAUCGCUACAUCGCACUCUUUCCAGCAGCACGUUCUUUGUGCGGGGCGAAGAAAGUGGGGAAUCGGAUAACCUAUCAACGAGCACCUUUCAGAUGGAUGGAAGUCAGGAGGAACAGGAGGGGGAGCGGGACAAUGGAAGUCCAAAGGAAUCCCCGGCAGUGCAUGAUCCAGCAAAUGCCACCAAUAGCUCCAUGUACUACAGUGCGAACGACAACACGCGAGAGGAGACGGAAUCUUUACAGACAAGCGCAGAGGCAACGGAGGAGGAUCCCGGAUGUGUCAAACUUACUAAAACACCUUUUUUGCCAGAGAGCUCUACUUCUACUUCUUUGGAUAUUCCGAUAAAAACUAACUAUCAAACAGAAGUCUUGUGCUCUCCGAAAAACAAAAUGGAAUUGAACAGGGAUUCCCAGGAUAUAACCGAUCCGGAAGUAUCCAGCCCACUUGUAGAUACAGGAUCUUUGGCAGAAUUCACACGACUAGAAGGUGGAUCAGAGCGUCAACAACUUUCUAUAAGCACAAUAGAGAGUGAACAUCGCGAAGAAGGGGAAUCUCCAUCAGAACAGAAGAUAAAGAACAACAGUAGCAGUUCCGAAAAUGUCCUUUCCUCAGCUAACGAGCUAAAUAGAAUGACCAAAACGAACGAUGAUUAUGACAGUAGCAGUGAUUACGACGGUGAGAAACUUAUUCGGGUGGUUAAGGCCACUGAUGAGAAUAUGGAUAUGGAUAACCAUAUCCAGGUGAUUAAUGACGAUGAGCCGACGACCUCAAAAGCGGCUGCGACUAAAAAUCGACAGAGCGGCGGAGCGGAAACCAACCGAAAUUCCUCCACUGAAGAUGAGGAUGUGGUUAUCUUGGACACAAUUUGCACUGUGCAUGGUUCGGAGUUGUUUGUGCGGGAGGCGGAGCCAAAACUUCAAGCGAAUUUGUCAUUUGAUGCUUUCUUAGACAAGUCGUUUGAGGAAGAUGAGGAAGCUCUAAAACCAGAAAUAGGUCAAGAAUCUACUGAAACAGAUUGAAGAAGAAAACAAUAGCAGCCUUAGCUUUGAAAAAAAGAACUGAAGAAUUUUUGUUUGUUUACAUGUUAUAUUUGCUUGUGAUUUUAACACAGUUUGCCAUGAACAUUGACAUUUCAUUUGUUACCUUUGAAUGUAAUAUUAUUCGCCUUUAUUGAUUUACAACUCAUCUUUUAUAAUGUUAAGUGGUUGAACGGACAGAGAAAAUGAAAUAUAUAUUAUAUUUGUAACCUUUUACUUUAAGCCAGUAGAUGAUCUACUUAAAAUAUAUAGUUUGUAAAUUUGUACUAACUUUUGACGGUUAAGGGUUAAUUAUUUCAAACGGAAGAGAAAAUAAAUGUUUUAUAAUUUAUAUUGUAAUCUUUCCAGUUGGAAAGUAAUUUAUUCUAUUAAGUGUUAGCAGUAAUUAUCCCAUCCCAAUGUUUUGUGUUAGCUGUACGUACAUCCCGUCGAUCGUGAACAUUACUUGGACAUGCAACUGGUGCCCAGAAUCGUACUUACAAUUUUAUCACAAUGCACAACCUCCUGC